AUGACUGGAACGAUUAUUGAAAAUUUAAGCGGUAGGAAGCUCGCAGUGCUAGUGACGUUUCUUUUACUGUGUCAAUUAACAUGUUUUCUAAUCGGUGGGUUGGUCGCACCCAUGCCUGCGAAUGCACAAACCAUACUCGGUACCGUUUGCAAAGAUACGUCUGUAAUGAAAAAUGAUACUACGAAAUGGUUCUAUAAUCGCGGUAAAGGUAAAUGUCAGCCCGUUGACCUUGCAGACGUUCAUCACGAUCUUUCCGAGAGAGAUAUUGUGUUUGCAUUUCAAAUGCCUAUACCCCGCGAAGGCGAAACCUACGACUAUUCUAGAUGGCAGCAGAACUUAAUCGGUGUUUUAACAGUUGACAUCAGUUACCACUCGCAAAUGGAAGUGAAGCCGCGCAGUACAUUAACAAUAGAUGCGCGAUUAGCGUACAGGAAUAAAAACGAUCCAGAAGACGGCUGGAAACUGUACACUCAAUCAGUUGAAAAGAGGGUUCUAGACUGUGACAUCGAUAUUAAGUCUGAAGAAUACUUGUACAACUGUUCUCUGAUACCAUUGUUUGAACUGGGCUCAUUGUAUCAUGACUACUAUUUGUUGAACAUAAGGCUACCAAUUGACAACCCUGACAUGAACGCUCACAUCGGUCACAUACAAGACAUGUGGGUGACUGUUAUAAAUCAGAACGGAGGUUUUACAAAGGUGUGGGUGUCACUGAAAACAGUGUUCUUCCCGUGCAUAAUUGGAAUUUUAGUUUGGUUUUGGCGGAGAAUACAUAUGUUAGAAAGAAAACCUGUACUUUUAGAAAAGAUGCUUCUUAGUCUGGGUAUAGCUUUAUGUUUCUUGAACGCCCCUCUCGAAUAUCUUACAUUGCAAUUUGACUUGCCAUUCAUGUUACUGCUUGGGGAUAUUAGACAAGGUAUUUUUUAUGCCAUGCUGUUCUCAUUCUGGCUUGUAUUUGCCGGGGAGCACAUGUUAAUUCAAGACACCUCAGCACAAAGCUCUCUGAAGCAAUACUGGCGACACUUAAGUGCGGUAGCCACUGGUUGCAUCUCACUAUUUAUAUUUGACAUGUGUGAAAGGGGAGUGCAACUACGUAACCCUUUUUACUCUAUUUGGGUCACCGAUCUAGGUACGAAUUUAGCCCUAACAUUUAUUAUACUUGCUGGAAUUUCAACUGGAGUGUAUUUCCUAUUUCUCUGCUACUUGGUAUAUAAAGUUUUUAUAAAUAUCUCUCAUAAGCGGCAGUCCCUUCCUACAAUGUGCUCUGUACGUCGGCUGCACUACGAAGGGAUUAUAUAUCGUUUCAAAUUUCUGAUGUUAGCAACAUUACUUUGUGCUGCUCUAACUGUUAUUGGCUUUAUUCUGGGACAAGUGGCUGAAGGCCAGUGGAAAUGGGAUGAGCAUAUUGAGCUAGAAUACACUUCAGCAUUCUUUACUGGAGUGUAUGGCAUGUGGAACAUCUACAUAUUUUCACUGCUUGUGUUGUACGCACCGAGUCAUAAACGGUGGCCAGUUAAUGAGAACACUUUGGAUACGCAAAACUUGAGCGAGGAAAUUGAAUUCAGUCGUUUGCCGGGCGAGAGGAGUGAAAUAUCUUCAUUGACAUCCUUUAUUAGAAAAGCUACAGUUGACUAACUUGACAAUAAUAUAAGUUUAAAAUUUCAAUGUUAAAUUAAAGAUGUAUGAGAAACUUUUAAAAUUGUAGUCGUCCCUCUUAUUAGUUUUAGUUUAAACAGUAUUAAUAACGUGUUUGUACUCAAAUAUUAGUCAUGGGAAGUACUCUUUUGAGUAGUCUUAUCUUAUGCAUUCUAACUUAUCGUAUGGUAUAUUCUAGUUUGACCUCUGAAAUAUGUAUAAGUUUUAGAAACUAAGUUGUAUUAAUGUAUUGAACUGAAUCAUUCAUUGUAAGUUCUAAAAAAAACCUAAAGCCAGGUAUAAUUUUAAGUCAUAAAAAUUCCAUUGUUGAGACGUGGGUUUAUUCGACCUUGAUAUUUUUUUUUGUAACAAAAAGUGCUUCCAAAUUGUCGCGAUUUGAUCUUGCCAUUUUAAGCUACUUAAUUUUCUCUGUGAUAAGCAUUUUUGAUAACUUUUUUAAUUUAUUUUUUGUAUUUGUAGUUUUUAAGCAUUUAUACUAUGUUGCCAGCAUUAUUUUUAACUUUUUCGUAAAUUUAACUAAUAUUUGUAACUCGAUUAGUUUGUAUGCUAAUAAAAAUAAAAUUA